AUCCCUCUACAUGACCUACGGAACGAAGAAGUGAGUUGUACAUUAGAUGAGCAUGGAUUCAAGUUUAUCCGUCACGGGCAGACCUUCGAAGAGUUUGGUAAUGGCGAGCUAAUUGAGAAGGAAUACAUCCCUCAAGUAGAAAAUGUCAUACUAGACAAUGUCCCAGGUGCAGAGAGGGUGUUUGUUUUUGACUGGAGGGUACGCUUGCCCUGGCCAUCUCCUUGGCUAGACUGA